AUAUAUAUAUAUAUAUAUAACGCAAAAUCUUUGCUGAUACAUUACUGUCUUGCAAGACAUUCAUUCUACUUCAUUAACAUCAGUAAAGUUGUUAAAUCAGCAGAAAGGCGCGUCUGGCAUACAAUAUUUUAAGUAUGGUGUCUUUGAUGAGUUUGUUUACAACCACUGGGUCGAUGCCACCGUUAGUGGAGGUUUCUUCCCCGUCGGUAUCACAAGCCCAGUAGUCAGCACUUCUUUUUUUUGACAUGAAUUAACAUGGAUAUGGUCAAAAUCAUAAAUUACUUGUUCACAAAACUUAGAAUUUUUCGAAAUACUAAGGAUUUUUUACCCCAGAAAUAUAUUACCUUAGCUGAAUUUGGCAAAACCAUUCGGGAUUGUAGGUCCUCAAUGCUCUUCAACUUUGUACUUUAAAUGGCCUUCUUAACUUUUUUGUUCGGUCGUCACUGAUGAUUCUUAAUCAAUAUUUUUCAAUAUUUUCGUAGUAUUGUUUUCUUUUAGAAAACUCGUUCAUCCAACAAUUUUUAAAACUGUUUAUAACUUUUUAGCGUUGAUGUAGAAAAAACAAUAUGGCAAAUUCGCAUGAUAUCAUCUUACAUGGAAAGAUUGAUAAUGGUAAUAGAAAGAUGAAAAUCAGGGUUAUUGGGCCACAAGAGAUUAAUUGUUUACUUCUGUUUUUACGACCUUACAUGCCAUCAAUACUCGGAGCAACAAUGACAGUCAAAACCACAGUAAAAGAACACGAAUUACCAAUGGACUUUGUUUCUGGAUCAGGAAAUUAUUAUUGUUUUGAUAUCUAUGGAUUGAAAAAGGAAACAGAGAUGGAAGAACAUUACACAUUGUUAGCCUAUGGAUGCACACGAUUUUUUGUUGCGAAGAUGAAAAAUGGAAAAGACUUAGAUAUUCCAAUACGAUUAAAUGAAGUAAAGUCUUUGCAAUUUCCUCUGAAAAAUAUCAAAGAGGCAAUUUUUCCGAUACAAGUCGACCAUAGACCUGUAUCAAGAUAUACAUUUUACAACAAAACCAAGUUUACAUUUGAUAAAAUAUGGAUAAUAUUUUUUAAACAAUCGAGAGACCAAUUUCAUGUUUUUAUUCAUGUCGGACAAAAAUUGGAUUUUACAUUGCCUUUUGACUUGCCCGUUGCUACAGUUUGUGGAGUAAAGAUUAUCGUUGGAUGUAUUUUAUUUGAUAGCAAGACAAUCCGAUUAUCAACAAUAGAAAUAAACACCAAAACAACUAAUUUUAAAACAUGUUUUACAAAGGCAGAAUAUGAAACACUUUAUAAUAAGACGAUAGAAUUUAUAAAAACAAGGAAAAGUCAUUUCCGUUCCAUUGAGUAUUUCUAUAGAAACAAGUCGGAAAAAUAUUUUGCUUCGAUUACAGAAGACCAUAAUGGAAUUAUGAAGCCAUACAAAAAGGAUCAUAAUGGUGAUCCUUGCUCCAUUAUAAACGGGCGAUUGGAUGGUUUAUUUUUCAGUACAGCUGUAGAUUUUCAGAAAAAUCAACCAUUCAAAUACUCUCCGUUUGGACAGCUGAGGUUACAUAUUACAGCCAGGUUUUUAUUCAUCCCAAAUCUUAAUCUUUACUUUGCUGACUUUUAUUGUCACUAUAAAGUUCAUUGUGUAACUGUAAUUCUGACUAGAAAAGAAUACUUUGCAGACAAUUUCUGUAAAGCACGUCUUAAGAAACUCGAUAUACAUAACAAUCCAUUCGUCUGUUUAAAAACAUCAAAAAAAUCAAAUAUCAUACAGAUGUGUCAGGGCAAUGGUCUGAGAAUAGAGGUUCUGAAUACAGAAGCCCUGAAUAUUCAUGAAAUAAUAAGAAAACGACAAGGACAUUUCAAACGAGUACCAAUUAUGGGUAGAGGUGAAAGUAGACCAAACGGCAUUCCUAAGAAUGAAAACUGUAAAAUUUGCAACCUUUAAGAUAUACAACAUUUUUCUUAUAUAAAUGUAUAGGCGCAGUUGUAACGAUGUCAUGGAAGUACAGGUUCAAAUCCUCCUAUCGCCACGAUAUAGCCUUUUCGUGCAGAUGCGGCGUACAGCAGUCACCAAUCAAUCAAAUCCCGCUGAGGGAUGAACAAAAAUUUGCGUCACAUUAACGUUUUGACUACUAUUGUUUGUCAUAUAUUAUGCAUAUAAACAACCUUUUCGAACAUUUUGUACUUUGACGUUGUAUGGGUUUUAUAAACUAGAACGACUAGGGACUCUUGUAAAUUUAUGAAUAAAUAUAUAAGAUAUAUUGAAUAUUAUUUUGUGCUUGCAAUCGUGCAAAUGAUUUUUUUUAUUAUUCCUAUCUCGUAACGUUUUAGAAGAGAGGCGAAAGAUAACAAAGGGACAUUCAAACUCCUAAGUCGAAAUAAACUGACAACGUCAUGGCUAAAAAGAAAAAGACAAACAACAGUAAACAAAACACAACAUAGAAAACUAAAGACUGAGCACACGAUCCCCACCAAAAACUGGGGGUAUCUCAGGUGCUCCGGAAGGGUAAGCAGAUCGUGCUCCACAUGUGGCACCCGUCGUGUUGCUCAUGUUAGUACAAACCCUGUAAUAAGUCUGAUUCGGUAGGUCGGGAUUGAAGUUACGACAAUUGGAAGAUAUCCGCUACCAUCUGUGAAAUGGAUAUUCCAUAACAUCAACCAACUCGUGAUGGCGUCCGUAAAAUUUAGGAAGGGAAGAUUCCAACUUCACUUGGAACUCUUGUUUUAAUAGCUUCCUUGUGAGCAGCAACCCUCUAUCAAGGAAAUCAUGAUAGGAAAUGCAAGCCUAGGAAUAUCGUAUCAACUUGGAGAUAUAUACUCCGUAUGCAGGCGUUGCUGGAAUGUUGCUACAUAGAAAUGGAAUGUUCACAAUUGGGAAGCUGAAAUCAUCUCUUUUGUUGUAAACUUUUUUUUUCACCUGACUCUCUUCCUGGUUGCUCCCUGUUGCAAUUUUGACAUUCUUUUCUUUUUAUUUAGUGAACAUGCUUAGCACAUGGCCAACCCUUUUCAUCUAAGGGUCAAAUUAAAGGUUGCAUACAGAACUUGAGUCUAAAUCGUAGAUACAAUGAAUAUUGCCAUGUUGCAGUCCUGUGAAAUUUGAUUCAAUUAGAGAAAAUCUAUCAAGACUGUUCAUAUCUUGCUUUUGGUGCUGCCGUUUUCAAGUGUUCUCCUCACUGAAGAUUUUUUAAUUUGUCUUUUCCUCAUUACAUUCCAAACGUAUGAUACUUGCAGCAAUACACAAUAAGUGUAUUCCCCGGGGUAAUUUCCGUGGACUAUGAAUGUAGCUAGCUGUGUUCGUCUUCGUUACAUGCACGGUGCAUAGAAUUUUUUUAAAGUAUAUCUGCUUGUGCAGGCGAUUGUCUUUUAUUAUACAAUCUAAAGAUGAAGAUAUUUUACAAAUUUGUGGUUGUUAACCAGAUUCGUCGACAAGGUAAAAAAAUUCUCUCUUGUAGUCCAUAUAUUGAUAGGUAGCAGUGCAAUUCCAUAUUUAUAUUGUGUAUCAAAUUUCCAACACAGUACCGGAACACAUCUAGUGAUAGAUGAUUUUUACAAUAACUGUGUCGAUACCACAACCCAGCUGUCAGCACUUCUGUGUGUUCGUGAAAUAUCCCCGAUACCAUAAUUUUUAUAUAAAUAUAUACUGUUAAUGAAAUGUAAAAAUCUUUGGAAACACUAAGAAUUACCUAUCCACAUGCAUUAUAUGGCCGUAGCUAUAUUUGGUGCAGCAACAUAUUCGUAAUUGAUUUUGCCUUUUAACUGUUUUGAUUUGAGUCCAACUGAUUUAUCAUAUAUAGACAAACUUCGCACCUGGCGUAUAUAAUUAUAAGCCUGAUAUCUUUGAAAAUUUUAUCAUUGUAAGUGACUGUUAUAGAGAACAAAAGUCACACCUAGAAAUGUCAACUGGGGGCACUAAAAGGGGAAAUCGGUUUUCGGGAGAUUAAUACACGUUGAAAAGACAAAGAUUGUUCAUUUUAGAAAUCCCUCUAAAAAACCAACAAUGAAUAUUUUUACCGGAAAAAAUAUGUGUGUUGUAAUAAAUAUCAAUAUCUCAGCUGAUUAUUGACCGAAUUUCUAAAUUACAAUGAAAUAGCGAAAGCUGUAGCAAGGUCAGCAGACAGAGCAUUGAGUUUACUGAUUGUAAAGAGUAAACCAUAUGGAGGUUCCCACUUUUAUAUAUAUUGCAAACUUUUUGAUAGCCUGGUUUGGUCAGUAAGAAGUUAUGGUGCAGCCAUCUGGGGCACUAGAGAUUUUCCAUGCAUAAAUGCUCUUCAUCGCAGAGCUAUCCAGUUUUUAUGGGUCUUAGUAAUUAUACGCCUAAUUACGGCAUAAAGGGGGAUAUGGGUGGGAAACCUCCAUGUGUUAAGCAGUGAAGUUGGGGUUAAGACACUGGGCUAGAUGUUAUGAUAUAUUAAGUGAAUUAUAGUUUUACGAUGGGUUUUUAGUGAUGCUAUAAAGAAAAAGAAAGAAAAAACUAGUGUAGCAGAAUUAUUACAAAAUUUAGAGAAUACAUUUUAGAAUUAUAUACUGAAAAGUAAACUAGCAAAUAUACCGAACUCUAAGGAAAAUUCAAAACGUAAAGUCCUUUAUCAAAUGGCAAAAUCAAAAGCUCAAACACAUCAAACGAUUGGAAAACAACUGUCAUAUUUCUGAUUUGGUACAGGCAUUUCCUUAUGUAGAAGAUGGUGGAUUAAACCUGGUUUUAUAGAUAGCUAAACCUCUCACUAUGUAUGACAGUCGCAUAGAAUUCCAUUAUAUUGACAACAAUUUGUGAGCAAAACAAACAUACAUAGUAGAUAAAAAAAGUAGAUCUAGAUAAUGUUUUGUAUAAAAAUGUUAUCACACAGUUAGAAGAUUUUUUAAUUGAUAAAUAUAAGGUAAAUUGGUAGAAAAGAAUAUUUUCGCAAAAUGUUGGAAAACAAUUAUAAUUAAAUUGUUUAAAGAUGUUUUUGAAGCAGAGAUUUAUUUGAGAAAGAACAUUUCAAGUCGAUACAGCAGUGCAUUUACUACAUUUAGGUGUGGUGUCGCUCCUUUGCGAAUAGAAACAGGUCGAAAACAAAAUUGAAAUUGAAAGAGUAUGCUUUAAAUGUAGUAAUCAGAUUGAAGAUGAGAAACAUGUAUUAGACUGUCCUUUAUAUGCAUAUUUGCGUGAAAUUUUAUUUUAUGAAGUUGAAAGAAGUAUGUUUUUACAGAACUAAAAUGUUUUAUGGACAUGAUAAAUAUAUAGUUAUAAUUUAUUGAAAUUUCUAUAGUUUCUCAUAAUUCUUGAUAGAAUGGCCCUUAUAUUUUAACUUCUAAAAUUUCUGUUUUUUACAAUGUAUAUAGUAUGACGCUUGUGUUUUAUAUGUAUUACAAGUAGUGAGACUUUAAUAAAAUAUUGAAUAAAAUAUUAUGUAACCA